GUAAGGUCUGCGUACACACUACCCUAUCCAGAUCCCGCUAGGAUUUGAGAAUAUUCUUACCAAAGAAAAUCAUUGCUUCCAAUAAUUCAGAUGAUUUCCUAUCUUGGAAAUACAGCAUGGGUCUCUACUGUCAACUUACGUCACCAAAAACAUAAAGAACGUUCAAAUCUUUCCCUAUAUUUAUUGCACUUUCCGUUUUCGUUCUUUGACCAUACCACCCUCUUCACACUUCACAACAAACCACUAAAAAUUCCAAAAUAAAAUAAACAAAAAAUUAUUUACACAGUUCUGAUUUGCUAUGUAACUGUAAAUCUUUGGCUCUUUCUAUAUAUAACUGAAAAUCCAGCUACCAUUUAUAGAUUAUUUCUCAAAAUUAAAAGGAAUUUGAAGAAGGCAAAGUUGCAGUGGAAAAAAAUAACAAUGGGUGUCGAAGUGGAAAAAGCAGAAAUUGAUUCAGGCCAUGCACGUCUUCACGAGCUAGGAUACAAACAAGAACUCAACCGCAAUCUUUCGGUGUUAUCGAAUUUUGCGUUUUCGUUUUCUGUUGUAUCAGUGCUUACUGGUUUGAACACAUUGAUGGGAACUGGUUUGAAUUUUGGUGGGCCAAUUUCUUAUGUUUAUGGAUGGCUAAUUGCUGGUGCUUUUACUAUGUUUGUUGGAUUAUCAAUGGCUGAGAUUUGUUCUUCUUAUCCUACUUCUGGGGGUCUUUAUUAUUGGAGUGCUAAGCUUGCUGGUCCAAGUUGGGCACCUUUUGCUUCUUGGAUCACUGGCUGGUUUAACAUUGUUGGUCAGUGGGCUGUCACAGCAAGUGUAGACUUUUCACUGGCACAGUUAGUUCAGGUGAUAAUUCUCCUUAGCACCGGUGGAUUAAAUGGAGGUGGAUACCAAGGCUCUAAAUACGUUGUUAUCGCACUCCACGGCGGAAUUCUGCUUUUACAUGCUAUAUUAAACAGUCUUCCUAUCUCAUGGUUGUCCUUCUUUGGACAACUAGCCGCUGCAUGGAAUGUUUUAGGUGUCUUUCUUCUUAUGAUUUUGAUCCCAAUGGUCGCCACAGAAAGAGCCAGUGCUAAAUUUGUGUUUACUAAUUUCAAUACUGACAAUGGAGAUGGAAUUAACAAUAACCUCUACAUCUUCGUCCUCGGACUUCUCAUGAGCCAGUAUACGUUGACAGGUUAUGACGCUUCUGCCCAUAUGACAGAAGAAACGAAAAAUGCAGAUAAGAAUGGGCCAAAAGGAAUUGUAAGUGCUAUUGGCAUAUCAGUUCUUGCUGGCUGGGCUUACAUACUUGGUAUAACCUUUGCAGUUACAGAUAUCCCGCAUCUGUUGAAUAAAAACAAUGAUUCUGGCGGUUAUGCUAUUGCGCAAAUCUUUUAUGAUGCGUUCAAGAGUAGAUACGGUAGUGGUACUGGUGGAAUCGUUUGCUUAGGUAUAAUUGCUGUUGCCGUAUUCUUUUGUGGCAUGAGCUCACUAACUAGCAACUCAAGGAUGGCUUAUGCAUUCUCCAGAGAUGGAGCGAUGCCAUAUUCGUCGUUCUGGCAUAAAGUAAACAAGCAGGAGGUUCCGCUCAAUGCAGUCUGGAUGUCGGCCUUCAUAGCAUUUUGCAUGGCAUUGACGUCUCUUGGAAGCUUGGUAGCAUUUCAAGCGAUGACAUCAAUAGCAACAAUCGGGCUCUAUAUUGCUUAUGCCUUGCCAAUCCUAUUUCGAGUGACUCUAGCUCGAAAGUCUUUCACUCCAGGUCCUUUUAACCUGGGAAACUACGGGCUCGUUGUAGGUUGGGUUGCAAUAUUUUGGGUCGCGCUCAUUUCUGUACUCUUCUCUUUGCCCGUUGCCUAUCCUAUUACAGAUCAAACUCUCAACUAUACUCCUGUCGCGGUCGGUGGCCUUCUCAUUCUUGUUGUUUCUUCAUGGAUCUUCAGUGCUAGACAUUGGUUUAAAGGUCCUAUUACUAAUAUAGGAAACUCUAGUGAGGAAGCAUAGAAACUAGAAUUCUUUGUAAUUAGACAAUGUUGAUGUGUGCAUCAUACUCUCUAGAUUUUCUUUUUUGUUGCUGUGAUAUUUUUUGCUACAAUACUUUGCAUUUUUGGACUAAAUUCCUCCAAUGAAGAUUAAGUAUGAAAACCAUUUAUGAAA